ACGGGGCGGAGCGGCGGCGGCGGCGGAGCUGCUGGGCCGCUGGCUGGCGGGCGGCAUGGGGCUGUGAGCCGGCCGGGCAGCGCCCAGGCCCCGCGCCCGCCAUGCCAGGCAAAGCCCAGCACUUCCAAGGUCCCCAGGUCAGCUGCUGCACCAAGUACCUGCUCUUCGCCUCCAAUGUGCUCUUCUGGUUGCUGGGGGCUGCCUUCCUGGCCAUUGGUCUGUGGGCCUGGGCAGAAAAGGGCGUGCUUUCCAACCUGUCGUCCAUCACAGACCUGGGUGGCUUUGACCCUGUCUGGCUCUUCCUUGUGGUCGGAGGGGUGAUGUUCGUCCUGGGGUUUGCUGGCUGCAUUGGAGCCUUGAGGGAAAACACUUUCCUGCUCAAAUUUUUCUCUGUGUUCCUGGGGCUCAUUUUUUUCCUGGAGCUGACGGCUGGUGUCCUGGCCUUCAUCUUCAAGGACUGGAUCAAAGAUCAGCUCAAUUUCUUCAUCAACAAUAACGUCAAGGCCUACCGCGAUGACAUCGACCUGCAGAACCUCAUAGACUUUGCUCAGGAAUAUUGGUCUUGCUGUGGGGCUCAUGGCCCUAAUGACUGGAACCUCAACAUUUAUUUCAACUGCACUGACUCCAACCCCAGCAGGGAGCGCUGCGGGGUGCCCUUCUCCUGCUGUGUCAAGGACCCUGCGGAGGAUGUUCUCAACACGCAGUGUGGCUAUGAUGUCCGCCUUAAACUGAGCUGUUCACCUGCUUGCCUUUGCCUUCUCUGCAGGAGCUGGAGCAGCAGAGUUUCAUCCAUACCAAAGGAUGUGCUGGCCAGUUUGAGAAAUGGCUCCAGGACAAUCUCAUUGUGGUAGCAGGGACUUUUGUGGGCGUUGCGCUGCUCCAGAUCUUUGGUAUCUGCAUGGCACAGAACCUCGUGAGUGACAUCAAUGCCGUGAAAGCCAACUGGUGACACCAGAGCAAGGCCUGUGCCGCCUUCCCCAGGCCCACAGCGCCCUCCGCAGGACUGAAGCCACAAUCCUAGCCACAGCCACAGGAUGCCGCUGUGCCAUUAACCAGCUGUUUUUGUGUGGGUAGCCAGCGCUACCGGUAUUAAUGGCUCCCCGGCGCCCUUCCAUAUCGUCCUCUUCCUGGUUGGGGUGCACAUGGCGUAUGAGCUGCGGGUGGCCAAUGUAAAUAGUAUUUAUUAUAGGACAUUCUGGACAGGACUCCUUCCACCGCUACCCUCACUGCAAUAUUUGUGGAGCCAGGCAGCCUGUUGCACCUGCAGGCCAGAGACUCUGAAGGCCAAAUGACACAGGGAGCUCUGGGGCUGAGUAGGUGCCACAGGAACCCCAGGAGGAUAAGGCACAGCCCCUGUGGCUUCUCGUUGGGAAGCUGGUUGGAACCACCGUCUUGUUUCUGCUGCCUGGUGCAGCCCUGACAUUUGUACCCUCCCUUAAGCCUCUACUUCUGGGAGGGGAAGUCUGUGGCUCAUCUGACAUUGUUGGACUCCAGGUCCCAUCGGCCCUAGGUGGUG